GACGCGUCGGAUAUGGGAGCGCGGCGUGGGAUCGGGGGGUGCUCCGCGGGAGGGAUUGCGCGCCCCUGAAGGGGGGGACCGGGCUCUGAACUGUGGACGUGGAUGCGACUGCGGAUGUGACUGUGGAUGUGGAGGAAACCCACGAAGAUGCGCUCGAGCCGCGGCUUCAUUCUGCUGCUCCUCAACGGGACAGCCUGCAUGCUGGCUCUCGGACAAGAAGACCCCUCCCCAAGCUACAAAAGCCCGCCAAGCGAGCAGCCCAAGUCGAUGGGAGUCCUGGAUGGACCGACCCUUUCUCCACUGAGUCGCUGGAUGCUGCAAACCAAGAGCCGGGCGGCCAACACCACAGCGCUGGAGCUGCCCUACCGCUCUCCAGUCCCCUUCUCUAAGCAGGAAUUCUGGGAGAUGCUGGGCAGUGACCUGCGGCCAGACUCCAGUGCUUCACGAGUCAAGCGUCGCCCCAUUGUCAAGACAGGCAAAUUCAAGAAGAUGUUUGGAUGGGGAGACUUCUACUCCAACAUCAAGACAGUACGGCUCAACCUGUUGAUUACAGGUAAGAUUGUGGACCAUGGCAAUGGUACCUUCAGUGUGUACUUCCGGCACAACUCCACAGGUCAGGGGAACAUCUCUGUUAGCCUGGUGCCACCUGUGAAGGCCGUGGAGUUCGAUCUGGAGCGCCAGAGUGUAGUUUACCCUAAGGACUCCAAGAUCUUCAACUGUCGGGUGGACUAUGAGAAGGUAGACCGCAACAAGAAGACGUCCCUGUGUAACUAUGACCCAUCCAAGACCUGCUUCCAGGAGCAGACACAGAGCCACGUCUCCUGGAUUUGCUCCAAACCCUUCAAGGUCAUCUGCAUCUACAUCUCCUUCUACAGCACGGACUAUCGCCUGGUCCAGAAGGUCUGCCCAGACUACAACUACCACAAUGAGAUGCCCUACCUGCCCUCGGGGUAGGGACAGACAGCAGGCAUGUCACUGUGGGUGGGAACAGGUCACGAGAGUGCAGGGAAAGGCACCGUAAUGGCCAAAUGGACCACGGAAAGUAAAAUAUAGAAAAAGGGAAUCUGAGACAUGAACUCUGGGAAGAGGACUUUAAGAAGAGGGUUACCCUUAAAACUUUACAAAAAACAUGACUGCGCAUUUCAUGUUAACCAAAAUUAUUUCCAUAUUAUUUACCACUUAUUAUUUAACAUGGAUCCCAGCUAUCAGACCAUUAAUCUGUAUUUUCCCUCCAUACUAUUCCAUCCAUACAGCUUAAUUUCUUUCUUCCCCCAGAACACUAUCUAAACAUAUUUUUGUAAAUGUUUCAUUUGAUGUUAACUCUACUGUACCACUCAUAUCACCGCAAUCCUACGUCACCUGCGCAUCCGUGCAGUUUGAGAAAUGCACCAACAUGCAUUAAAAAACAUAAGCAAUUUCUUAUAGCAGACAUUGUGUUAAAAAAAUAAGUCACCUCCCCUCCUGCUCACAGCAUAUCAAGCCAGAUUCCAUACACAGUGAGGUAAGUCUGUGAAAUCAAGUUCUGCAACGGUUGUGUCGGCCACGCUGUAGGAAUACCAAGGGAAAUGGAUACAGUCUCAGAUAAAGUGCCAGGCCUCUUUUUCGGCUCUCUGAUGCAACAAUCCGCUCCCGCAACCAGCUGGCGGGCUGGCCGGCCAGCUCCGCGCUACUGGAAGCCCAGCGCGCAGCUUUCGAUAAUAGCUUGACCAUUCAGAUCUGCCCCUCUCCUCGUUUACCCCCCGGCCAAGACCGAUUUCUCACGGUCGCCUGCCGGAGAGUACAGCUUUCGAAAGGCGGACGGCCACUCUGCAGGGAACGCCAAAGAACGUGUGUCCAUCGAAUGGCUGGUUUGUUCCCUCCCGCUCCCACCUUCCCCUCCGCCACGCCGCGCACCGCACGCUGGAAUGGCUCUGAAAGCUGCCCGAAUUGAAAAGGGGAAGGAGACGGCGAUGUGGAGCAGAGCUGCGUGACUCCUCCAUCGCGGUUUCAAGAGCAUCAGUGAUGCAGGAGUGAACAGGAAAUCUUCUUCAUGGCACCAUAAACACUUGAUUUGCAAGGGGCCCAAAUUGUGACAAAUAACAAAUGUAUUCAUUUAUGUCA